AUGGCAAAGAAAGCUAUUGAUUCGAGAAUUCCUUCUCUGAUUAGAAAUGGUGUACAAACGAAACAAAGAUCCUUCUUUGUGAUUGUUGGUGACAAGGCUCGUAAUCAGUUGCCAAACUUACACUAUCUAAUGAUGAGCGCUGAUUUGAAGAUGAAUAAAUCUGUUUUGUGGGCCUAUAAGAAGAAAUUAUUAGGGUUCACCUCUCAUAGAAAGAAAAGGGAAGCUAAGAUUAAAAAGGAAAUCAAAAGAGGCACUAGAGAAGUUAAUGAUCAAGACCCUUUUGAAACUUUCAUCUCAAACCAAAAUAUUAGAUACGUCUAUUAUAAAGAAACGGAAAAAAUUUUGGGUAAUACUUAUGGUAUGUGUAUCUUACAAGAUUUUGAAGGUUUGACUCCAAAUCUAUUAGCAAGAACUAUCGAAACAGUCGAAGGUGGUGGUAUCGUAGUCAUCCUAUUGAAAUCAAUGACCUCUUUGAAACAAUUGUAUACUAUGACCAUGGAUAUCCAUUCCCGUUAUCGUACAGAAGCCCACAAUGACGUGGUCGCAAGAUUCAACGAAAGAUUUAUCCUUUCCUUGGGCUCAAACCCAAAUUGUUUGGUUGUAGAUGAUGAAUUAAAUGUCCUUCCUUUGUCUGGUGGUAAACAUGUGAAGCCAUUGCCUCCUGUUGACAAUGAAGACAUGACUCCAAAACAAAUAGAAUUAAAAGAUUUGAAAGAAUCAUUAGAAGAUGUCCAACCAGCUGGCUCUUUGGUUUCUUUGGCUAAAACUGUAAACCAAGCUCAUGCAAUUUUGUCAUUUAUUGAUGCAAUCUCAGAAAAAACUUUGAACUCUACUGUUACUUUAACUGCCGGUAGAGGUCGUGGUAAAUCUGCUGCUUUAGGUAUCUCCAUAGCAGCAGCUGUAUCCCAUGGUUACUCUAACAUUUUUGUCACUUCACCUUCCCCAGAAAACUUGAAAACCUUAUUUGAAUUCAUCUUUAAGGCUUUCGAUGCUUUGGGUUAUCAAGAACAUAUUGAUUAUGAUAUUAUCCAAUCAACAAACCCACAGUUUAACAAAGCUAUCGUCAGAGUAGAUAUUAAGAGGGAUCACAGACAAACAAUUCAAUAUAUCAUGCCUCAAGACCACCAAGUUUUGGGUCAAGCUGAAUUGGUAGUCAUUGAUGAAGCUGCUGCUAUCCCACUACCUAUUGUCAAGAAGUUAUUAGGUUCAUACUUAGUAUUCAUGGCUUCCACUAUUAACGGUUAUGAAGGUACUGGUAGAUCCUUAUCUUUGAAAUUAAUUCAACAACUGAGAACUCAAUCCACUACUUCUGGUCGUGAAAAUUCCCAAACCGAAAUUGUUUCAAGAGAUAAGAAGCAAACUGAUUCAGGCAUUUACGAUUCCGCACGUCAAUUAAGAGAAAUUAGUCUAGAUGAACCAAUUAGAUACGCUCCAGGUGAUCCAGUCGAAAAAUGGUUAAACAAAUUGUUAUGUCUAGAUGUCACAUUAAUGAAGAGUGCAAGGUUCGCCUCUAAGGGUACUCCUCAUCCUUCUCAAUGUAAUUUGUUUAUUGUUAAUAGAGAUACUUUAUUCUCAUACCAUCCUGUAUCUGAAUCCUUCUUGGAAAAAAUGAUGGCUUUAUAUGUUGCAUCACACUACAAGAACUCUCCAAAUGACUUACAAUUAAUGAGUGAUGCUCCUGCCCAUCAAUUAUUUGUUUUAUUGCCUCCAAUUGAUCCAAAAGAUGGUGGCAGAAUUCCUGAUCCAUUAUGUGUUGUCCAAAUUGCAUUGGAAGGUGAAAUUUCUAAGGACAGCGUCAGAAAUUCACUUUCUCGUGGUCAAAGAGCUGGUGGCGACUUGAUUCCAUGGUUAGUUUCUCAACAAUUUCAAGAUGAAGAAUUUGCAGGUCUAAGUGGUGCCCGUGUUGUUAGAAUUGCAACAAACCCUGAAUAUGCCUCUAUGGGUUAUGGUUCUCGUGCUAUUGAACUAUUAAGAGACUAUUUUGAAGGUAAGUUUACCGAUAUGUCAGAAGAUGCUACUCCAAAGGACUACACAAUCAAGAGAGUUUCUGAUAAGGAAUUGGAAAAGACUAAUUUAUUGAAAGAUGAUAUCAAGAUGAGAGAUGCAAAAACAUUACCACCUUUGUUAUUGAAGUUAUCUGAACAACCACCUAAUUUCUUGCAUUACUUAGGUGUUUCAUAUGGUUUGACUCAACAGUUACAUAAAUUUUGGAGAAAUAAUAAAUUUGUUCCAGUAUAUCUACGUCAAACUGCUAAUGACUUAACUGGUGAACAUACAUGUGUAAUGUUGAAUGUUUUACAAGGCAGAGAAUCAAACUGGUUAGUAGCUUUUUCCAAUGAUUUCCACAAAAGAUUUCUAUCGUUACUGUCGUAUGACUUCAACAAAUUUACUUCAGUCCAAGCCUUAAGCGUUAUAGAAAGUGCUAAAAAAGCAGCCGAGCUUGCUAACUCUGAUUUCAAAGUAAAAGAAUUAACCAAAGAACAACUGGACGAAGUUUUAUCUCCAUUUGAUUUAAAGAGAUUGGAAAGUUAUUCUAACAAUUUGCUUGAUUACCAUGUUAUUGUAGAUUUACUUCCAACUUUAGCAUUACUAUAUUUUGCUGGUAAGUUUGGUAAUGAAGUCAGUUUAUCUAGCGUUCAAAGUGCUAUCUUAUUAGCUAUUGGUUUACAACGUAAGAGUAUUGAUACCAUUUCCAAGGAAUUGAACUUACCUGCCAACCAAACGAUUGCUAUGUUUGCUAAGAUCAUGAGAAAGAUUUCCGUACAUUUACGUCAAGUAUUAAGUGAAUCCAUCGAACAAAGUUUGCCAGCAGUAAAUGAUGAAGUAAUUGCAGAAAUGGACGGUGAAGAAAUCAAAUCAUACAAUGCAGCAGAUGCGAUGGAUAAAAUAGAAGAUGAUUUAGAGGAAGCUGGCUCUGAAGCCAUCAAGGCUAUGAGAGAUAAGCAAAAAGAAUUAAUCAAUUCUCUAAAUUUGGAUAAAUAUUCAAUUAAUGAAGCUGGUGAAGGUUGGUCUGAAAGUAAAGAAGCGCUUGAUAAAGCAGCUAAAAAGGGUGGUGUUGUAUCAGUAAAAUCUGGUAAGAGAAAGACCACCGAAAAUUCACAAGAUAUUUAUUCAGAAGAAAUGAAUAUUUUAAAGAAGAGUAAGAAAUCUAAAAAAUCUUCUAAAUAA